AUGGACAACCUUGAACGUAGGAGAUGCAAUCGGCUUCCUACUGCGACGUGUGUCUUGUGUCACUUGGCAAUUGAAACUAUGGAUCAUCUCUUUUUUCAGUGCUCAUUUGCUAGACAUAUUUGGGGGUAUUUUACUCGCCUGUGCCAGCUUCCGGAUGCCCCGAGGGACCGGAUUGCUGUUUGGGGCGAUUGGCGUGCUGCGGUCAGACCGACAUGCCGGUUGACCGGGGAUCUUAUUGUCAAAGCAAUUGUGUGGUCGAUUUGGCUUGCUAGGAAUGCUUGCAUUUUUAAUGCUAUUACCAUGUCUUCUGACGCUAUUCUGUACAAAAUUGAUCACCUGCUCUUAUUCUGGUUCUCUUCAGCACCUGAGGGUACUCGGGAGAAGCUUGACUUCGCGACGUCGGCCAUUCAUCGCAGUCUGGAGUUCUAG